GUCCCCGCCCGCCGUCCCCGAGCCGCGGCACCCAGAGCUGCGACCCGCGCGCCCCGCUCCGCCGCCGCCCCGGCCCGGGCCGCCAUGUCUCUGUGGAAGAAAACAGUCUACAAGAGCGUGUGCCUGUCCCUGGCCCUGCUUGUGGCCGUAACAGUAUUCCAGCGCAGUCUAACCCCCCACCAGUUUCUGCAAGAGCCCCCACCGCCCACCCGGGAGCCACAGAAGGCCCAGAACCCCAGUGGACACCUGGUGAACCCCAACAGCUUCUGGAAGAACCCCAAGGAUGUGGCUGCACCCACGCCCAUGGCCCCGCGAGGGCCCCAGACUUGGGACGUCAGCACCACUAACUGCUCAGCCAACAUCAACCUGACCCACCAGCCCUGGUUCCAGGGCCUGGAGCCCCAUUUCCGGCAGUUUCUGACCUACCGGCACUGCCGCUACUUCCCCAUGCUGCUGAACCACCCGGAGAAGUGCCAUGGCACUGUCUACCUGCUGGUGGUGGUCAAGUCCGUCAUCACGCAGCACGACCGCCGUGAGGCCAUCCGCCAGACCUGGGGCCUGGAGCAGGAGCUGGGGAGCCGCGGCGCUGUGCGCACCCUCUUCCUGCUGGGCACGGCCUCCAAGCAAGAGGAGCGAGCCCACUACCAGCAGCUGCUGGCCUACGAAGACCGGCUGUAUGGCGACAUCCUGCAGUGGGACUUCCUGGACAGCUUCUUCAACCUGACCCUCAAGGAGAUCCACUUCCUCAAGUGGUUUGACAUCUACUGCCCCCAUGUCCAGUUCAUCUUCAAGGGCGACGACGACGUCUUUGUCAACCCCACCAACCUGCUGGAGUUUCUGGCCGACCGGCAGCCGCAAGAGGACCUGUUCGUGGGUGAUGUCCUGCAGCACGCCCGGCCCAUCCGCAAGAAAGACAACAAGUACUAUAUCCCGGGGGUCCUGUACAGCAAGCCCAGCUACCCGCCGUACGCGGGCGGGGGCGGCUUCCUCAUGGCCGGCGGCCUGGCCCGGCGCCUGCACCGCGCCUGCGACACCCUGGAGCUGUAUCCCAUCGACGACGUCUUCCUAGGCAUGUGUCUGGAGGUGCUGAGCGUGCAGCCCAUGGCCCACGAGGGCUUCAAGACGUUCGGCAUCUCCCGGAACCGCAACAGCCGCAUGAACAAGGAGCCCUGCUUCUUCCGCUCCAUGCUGGUGGUGCACAAGCUGCUGCCCGCCGAGCUGCUGGCCAUGUGGGGGCUGGUGCACGGCAACCUCACCUGCGCCCGCAAGCUGCAGGUGCUCUGACGGGCUGGAGCUGCAAUGUCCGGGGCAGAGAUUGUGGUUCCCUGCC